ACGGAGACUCAGGAAAAGAUCAGGAAAGAGGCCAAUGCACUUAAAGACACUCCACGAAGCAGAGGUCGGCCAAAAAAGAAAGCAGCAAAGGACACGUCGGCAGAAGUCAAAGACACUCCAAAAACCCCAGGAAGGAAACCCAGUAAAAAGGGGCAGGAGAAGCUAAAGGGUGGAAAAAGUGCAAAAGCCAGCCCUCCUGAGACCAGCAAUGAAAAAUUGGAGAGUAAUAGAAAAAGCAUCGAGAGUAAGAGGACUGAUGAUGAUAGUGAUGAUGAUGAUGAAGACUCAGAUGUUGAUGACUCAGAUAAGGAGUGGGAACCAAAAGGGGUAAAAAUCCCAGAAUCCAAGCUCACGAGGAAGCAGAAGUGUUCUUGUCGGAUUUGCAAAAGGCAAUUCGAGUAUCACUCCCUCUUGAACAGACAUUUGCAUCAAGACCAUAGAAUCUCAUCCACCGACUUGGCCGACAAAUUAAAAAAGCAGUCCAUACUUACAUAUUUCUUAAGCAUCAAGAAAAAAUUAAGGACAUCAAACAUGUGUAUGACAUGCAACAGGACAUUUAAAACGUGGUCCAGUGCCUCGUUGCAUAUCAAACGAAAACACUUGAAACACGUCCACCGAGUGUGCCGUUUGUGUUUUAAGGAAUGCUCAACGUUAACUCACCUACGAAGACAUCAACUGGUUAAACAUAACUUCACGCCUUUCAGCGGAGACAAAAUGUUGCUUAAAUGCAGGCUCUGCCCACGGGUCUUCUUGUACAAGAAAUCCAGAAAAAGUCAUGAGUUUACCAAACAUGGAGCUAUGGGGAAAGACAUCGAGAAGCUCGGAGGAGAGCAGCCUAGUUUAAGAUGGCGGCGACGCCUGAGGCGGGUCAGUAAAUUCAAGUGCGGGGCUUGUUUCAGGAGGUACACCACAGAAAAUCGUUUGCGGAUUCAUAUGAUCAAGUUCCAUGGAGUGAAAAAUGAGCAAAGGGGGAGCCACAAGUGCAUGUUCUGCGAGCUGGAGUUUCCGCUGCCCAAACUGUUGAACAUGCAUGUGUCAGACUGCCAUAACUGCGCAUGUGAGGAAGGAGAAAACGGAGUCGUCCUGUGCAUGAUCUGCAAGCAGAUGUUUUUGCGACGAGGAGACUUGAAGCGCCACCUACAUGAUAUUCACAAUCUCAAUCAGCCAAUCAGGAAGAACAACUUGCAGUUGCGAUCGUUCAGAUGUGACGUCCCGGGUUGCACGUUUAGCACGGACAGCACACCAACGCUAAAGAUCCACGUAGAGACAGUGCACCCAGAAGUGGUCUUUAAUUGUGAAUAUUUGGGCUGUACAUACAAGAGCUGCCUCAAAAUGGACGUACGCCGCCAUUACACCCUACGUCAUGAGCGAGGCAUGGGUGUCGUGUGCACACUGUGUGGGAAGAAAUAUCGCAAACGCUACCAUCUUAGAAUUCACAUGUUUAAUAAGCAUGAAGUCCGAGGAGAUGGGCUGAGGACUUUCAAGUGCCCAGAAGAAGGUUGUGAGUAUGAAACGACAGCAAGCAACAGUCUAAAACUACACGCCACCAAGCAUAAGAAGGACAAGCCGUUCAAUUGCCCUUACUGUGGACGCUGCGUGAAAACAGAGAAAACCUUACAGAAGCAUAUCAACAAGCGCCACCUGAACAUAAGGCCUUACUUGUGUCAAGUGUGCGGAGCAUCUUACGGAGAGGAACACGAGCUGAAAACUCACGAGGCGCGUCACCUCACGGAUAAACCUUACAUAUGUGAACACUGUUCAUAUUCCACUGUUAGCAAGGCAGAUUUGGCGAGCCACGUUCUAGCCAGACACAACCAGAGACUGGACAGCAAGAUCAAAGUCUACCAGUGUCACAUCUGCGGCUACACCACGACCCGGAAGAAACACCACGAGCGACACAUCAAGGGACACCUCAACAUCCGCGACAUGGUCUGCAACAUCUGCGGCAAGACGUUUGCUCACGACCGCACGCUGGCCAAGCACAUACGCUGGGUUCAUACGGAGAAGAAGGUGAAAUGUCCCCACUGCGAUCACGUGACGGCGGAUAAUUAUCACUUGAAGGAGCACAUUCGCGUGAUGCACACGCACAGAGAUUUGAAGCCCUUUAAAUGCGGGUAUUGUGAUUUUAGGUGUAAGAUAUCGGGGAACGUUCGCAAACAUUGCCUGCAUAAACACAAGGGAGUGGAGGUGAAGUAUUUGAAGGUGGCGCGGACGGAUGUCGUCAAGGAGGUUCCGAAGCGCCCUCUUUUGUCCGACGUCUCCAUGCGCACGGCGGAUGUGUUUAGUUCUGCCCUGGAGAUGUUGGCGACCCAGACCGUGCAAGCAGUGUCGUCUGAAUUGAGUCAUUUGUCCAAUCAGGUCGUUUCAGGACAGCAGCAGAUCGCCAGCGUUUCCGACCAACCUCAUAUCGAGUCUUGCUCGCCCGUGCCCUUGUACGCCGGCAACCAAAUCCUCUCAGUGCAGCACGUGACUUUGGGACAACACGUACAGCAACAACAUCAAGAACCGCAACACCAACAGCAUCAGCAACCCUCUUCCAUAGCGACCAGCCAAGUGAUGACCAGUCACAUGACGGGCUCGGGGCAGUUGCCAGUCUCGGCAAUACGCACAGCGCUGAUGCAGCCCGUGACGAACCAGAUGCCGCCGCCUCACCCCCAUCAGCACCCGAACCUCUUGCCCCCUCAUGGUCACCUGGCUGGACCCAUUGACAUGUCCACCGGUCAGAUUCCCCACUGGACCAUGGGGCAGUUUUGAGAGGUGGUCAGCCUAAAAUUUUGGCUCUACGUCCUUCGUGUGUUUGUUGAAAGACGGCGAUGGAAAUGUUUUGUCGCUGAUAUUGUUUUGUUGAAGGCAAGCAAAUUUGAUGUGUGGAAACAUGCAUGCAUACAAACGUGCGCACGUACAACACAUGUUCACGUACGUGCAUUCAUACAUACAAUCUACCUCUAACUUAUUUGCUUGCACGCACAUGCACACACACACACACACACACACACACACACACGUGCACAC